AUGAGAAGAGGUUCAAAUAUAUCACCAUUUCUUUCCCAUUCUUUCAAAGCGAACCCGAGAACUUACAAAAUGGGCGACAACAAUGAAGACCCAUGGCUAGCCCCAGAUAAGCUAUACCAUGUCCUCUUUUGUCUCUCUCUAACCCUCCUUUUCUCCAAGCUAGCCUCCCUCACCCGCUAUCCAUUUCUCAAGCGCCACUCUAUUCGGGUCGGUGCUAUUCUCUCCCUCUUCGCCGGCGCCGCCAAGGAGGCAGCCGACCAAAUUGGCCUCUUUCCCUCCGCUGGAGCCUCUGCAAAGGACGCUGUAGCCGAUAUCAUUGGCGUAUUGAUUGCUGCGGCAGCUCUCUCCAUGCUUAAAAGUAAAAACUACGACGGAUCCGAUUCGGGGUCGGGUCAGACCCGGAGGGUUUUGCCCAUUUGAUGGCCAAUUGCGGCUGAAUUGUUUAUGGGGUUUUUUCUUUGGGUAGAAAAUUGGUUUUGUUGGGUUAGAUUUUGAAGGGGGAAAGGAAAGUAUGUUUGGUUGCUGAGAAAGUGAAGAAAAAGAAAGCAAAUAUUUGGGUUUUGAAUUAUUAUUUGUUUUAGGGAGAAGACAAGAGGAUUGCUUGAGGUUUGUUGAUCAUGUUGAAUAAUCACCUCCUAAAGCUCCUUGUAGCUGAUGUUUUUUCAUUAGUAUCACCAUCUUCCUCAGGCAGCUUGACAGCAGAGUACGUUCCUGCUCCACACAAUGCCCCGAGGAUCGGGGCAGUGAGGUAAACCCAUAUGGCUUUAUAGUUAUUUGCAGCUAUGGCUGGCCCUAAUGUUCUGACUGGGUUCAUUGAUGCCCCUGUUGUUUCCCUGCACGAGUAAAAGAAGACAGUCCAAUAUGCUAAUGAUGUUUAGAUGUUUUGAUUUAUGUAGUAUUUUUGCCUUUGGCAUAAAAUUUAAAUGAAUAAAAGAAAUGCUCCAUUUACUAUUAACCACUUUGUGCACAGGAAAACAGAGAAUCUUUUUUCUUUUGCUAUCUUCAUAUUUUUAAUAUUUUAUUUGACACAAACUGUCAUAAACAUGGAGAAGAAUGGCCUGAAUCAUAGAUCAUUUUCAAUUUUGACAAAUGGGAACGAUCUUCAAAGGUUCUGAACCACAAAAAAUUAUGCUAAUUGUCAUGUCGCUCGCAUCAGCUUACAUGGAAGGGUUUGUCUAUACCUGAACUGGAAUAGUUUUUGACUCAAUAGCUUUCUUGGAUUCGUUCUAUUUCAUAAAUCUUCAAGUUGUUGCCUAACUACAGUGCUUAAAUAUUCAUCUUUGCAGUGUUUUGACCUCACUGCUUUUUUCUCACUGUUAGUUUUUGGACUCCCCCAAUUCCCAAAUCAGAUCAAUAGUACAAAAAUAAUUGAAGAGAUUAGUAGAGACAUACCCGGCUAUGAGUAUGUUGAGCAUGACAGUAGCCCCUACCGCGAUUCCUGCCAGCUCCCCCACCUGCACAUGGCCAUAAUUCUUGUCACCCCUGCCAAGCUCAUCAAUUUAUGUAUCUAUUUCAAUGUGUUGUGUGCAAUUGUGAUUAUAUAAAACCUUGGGGAAGUGGGGUUGCUAUUCUUCUUGUGAACUAAUAUGGAUAGGAUAUUUUAUGUAUGCUUGAUCCAUCCCACAUUACCAUUGUAUUA